AUGGUGCCCACGUACCCGAGCCUAGAUGAUAAACAUUCAAACGAGAAUGCUACAGAUCAAGCAAAUCAGGUCAACGAAGGCCGCGAGCUAUUUGCCCAUUACAUAUGGAAUGCAGCCAUAGUAGUGGCCGAAGGCGUCGAAGACACAUAUUACAGCCGCACGGAGCCACAGCCCGAGAAAUCAAAUUCGCAUGAACUAUGGCAUGUAGAAGGCGAGAGUGUACUGGAGCUAGGCGCCGGCGCCGCUCUCCCUUCACUCAUCUGCGCACUGGCCAACGCAGCCAAAGUCGUAGCAACAGACCAUCCAGCCUCACCCGCCCUCACAGGCCCAAUCGCCUUCAACAUGUCCUCCAAUCUCCCAGACCCAUCCACCGCGCAGGUCUCUAUCUACCCGCACGAAUGGGGCGUGUUCACCGCCCCCUUCGCCCAGGAAAACAAGGGCGCCUUUACCCGCAUCAUCGCGGCAGAUUGCUUCUGGCAGAAGUCGCAGCAUGAGAGUCUCGCGCGUUCGAUGGCGUGGUUCCUUGCUCCUGGUGGGAGAGUCUGGGUGGUGUCUGAGCCGCAUUUGGGUCGUGCGGUUGUGGUGGGCUUUUUUGAGACGGUUUUGGCAUUGGGGUUUGAGAUUGAGGUGGUCUUUGAGAGGGAUUUGAUGUCUUAUAUUGAGUCGGGGGUUGAGGUGAGGAGGGAAUGA